CUGCGAUUCGAAUAUCGAAGGCAAUGCGCCCAAUGUAAGGGAUCAAUCAUCGUCGCCCAUUUCCCAUAGGUUUGCCAUAGCGGAACCUGAGCCGCUCUCGGACGCUCUCAAUGAACGAUUCGAUACGGAAGCACUGGUUGUAAGCUAUAUUACGCCAGAAACAACAACCAGUUGCAGUGUUCGAAACCAAAUCCCUCUCGUCCCGCUUGGAAAAAGAAAACAUGAUAGUCCGCAAAUGGGUAAAGAAUCGCUGGCGAAGAAAGUACCACGGGAAGUUGACUACAUGAAGAAAAAAUGUAUUCCAAAGCGUAAACCAAUGGAAGAAGUAGUGAAGCAUGAGCCUGAGGCCGAAAUGCUCAAAUGCCCUUUCGAGAGGUGCGAGCAUAGUUUUCCAAAUGAGGGUACCCGUCGGCGGCACAUCCAGAAACAGCACCAACAGUACGAGUGCCAAGUAUGCGGCAACGAGCAACCAUCGUUCGCACAACAUAAGCGGCACAUGGAACGCCACCAGCAGUGCAACCCACUUCAGUGUGUCUAUUGCUGGACGGCGUUCGAAGACCGGGACGCAUUGGCUGAUCAUCUGAAGAAGGAGCACGUUCACAACCCGGACAUCGAGUGGCAGUGCGAUGAUUGUGGAAUGGUGUUCCCUGGGAGCAAACAUGUCUCGCGCCACCGCCGAUUACAUCUGUCGGAUCGAAUGUUCGCUUGUCCGGAAUGUCCAAUGACGUUCAAAACAUUGUACCAUAUGCGGCGACAUCACGAGAUCAUCCAUCAGGAUCUUCGCUACCAGUGUACGUUCUGCGAUAAAGAUUACAGCCGCCGAGAUAUAUUGCGAGCCCAUCUGGAAGUGGCGCACAAUUUUCAAAGCUACUUCUACUGUUCCAUCUGCCUGGCGACAUUCGAAACGGACCAAGAUCUGCAACGGCACCAAGAACGACACAGAAAACCACGAACCUUGGAGUGUGGCACCUGUUUGCAAGAGUUUCUCAGCGAACAGGAGUUGGCACAGCACUUGUGCAUCACGUACCGCGAAAGUUAUGUGUGCUGUGGGAAGGACUUUCGCCAGCACAGACUUUACAACCACCACAUGCUGAUUCGCCACGGGAUGAAAGUGAAUGUACGAGUACAACCUCCCGAAGGUGCACUGCUCAGUCAGUAUCGCGCCAUGAACAAGCCAAACCUGCUCCAAUGUGAAAAUUGUAACGAAAGGUUCGAGAAGAAGGUGGCUCUUCGGCACCAUGUACAGGUGUGCAGACAGCAGGCAAACGCAGGGAAUCCAUUUGACAUGCUGUGUAUAGAGCUGCUUGGCGGAGAUGAGCAAUCUGAAGGAAGCAUGGAACCAACGGUAAACGAUACCGACUGCAACGAGCGGCUAGAGGACGACAAUUUAAACUGAGGACAUGACAUGAGGGAAGAAGCUUCUCCACCAGUUUGGCCAUUACUAUUAAGCUCAAUGUUCGAUGUUUAUGACCCAUGUUUUACUGAGUAUUGCUCGGUAAAGAUAAUU